AUGACCAACUUCGUGGAGGAAGGCCCCUGCUUCCCAGAAGCUACCGCACUCGCGGGCAUCAUUGCCCACCGUGUUGCCAGGAUUGCGGUCGUCGGUAAGGCAUGGAACGACUUCCUCGAGGAAGCGGGGCCACGAGUACGUGAGAUGACUACCCAUGAUACCGAGGGAGAUACCACGAUUAUCGUGGCUGCCCAACGCCGCAUGUCCGAGUAUGAUAUCCUCUUGCAUGGAGUAAUGGGUAUCGAGUAUGAGGCCCGCCACCACAGGCUGGCACGACGACUCAAAAGGGCCUCCGUGGAGGACGAGCGCUUCCUUGAAAUAUUCGUGGAGGCUGUCGGGCUUUGA